AUGGAUACAAAUUUAGACAAUUGUAACGAUUCGAGAGAGUGCGCCAAUUGUGGCACUAAUUCAACGCCUUUAUGGCGCCGAUACGGUCCCGGCCACUUUCUAUGCAACGCUUGCGGUCUCUAUCAACGUGUUAACGGCAAUCAUAGGCCACUGGUCAGGAAUAUACGGCGAUUGUCGUCCACUACCAGACGUAUCGGCCUGUCGUGCGCCAACUGCGGUACAAAAAACACGUCAAUGUGGCGCCGAAAUUCGGUGGGCGACUCUGUAUGCAACGCUUGUGGCCUCUAUUUUCGGCUGAACGGUGUCAAUCGGCCGGUGGCCAUGCGCAAGGAGUCGAUACGGACCCGCAAACGUCGGACCAAAUCUAUGGGACCAAUCAUUAUCAACAGUGGCCAUCAUCAUCACCAUCUUGGCGGCGGCGUCGGUGGCAGCGGUAUCAAUGGUCUUCACCAUUUAAACAAUAUCUCAAUGACCGGCAACGGUGGCGGCAUCGGCAACGGUAACUGUGCGCCGCCAAUGUCAUCGUCGUCGACUAGUAGUGUACACCAAAUGGACGGUUAUGUACUGAACAAUAGCGACUACAAUCGGCUGCUACUAUCGGAAACGGCUGCCUUAAGACACGGACUAAUGGAUCCGAUGGUCGUCGUCGACUCCAAGAGCCAUCAUCAUCACCAGUCGUCGUCGUCGUUGAACAAUACAUCCCAACUGUUAUACAGUGCCUAUAAUAACGGCAUUCAUAAUCACAACAACAAUAGCAAUACCGGUGCCGACAGUCAAUUACCUCCUCCUCAUAGUAAUAGCAAUAGUAAUCACAAUAACAAUACCAUCACCACAUCAUCAUCAUCACCAUCAUCGCCACCACCACUACCAACAACAACAAGAACAACGACAACGCCAGCAAUCAAUGGUAACAACAGUAAUAGCAGUCAUUAUUAUCCGUUUGGUGCCGAUUUCGGACGCUUUGGUCCGCAUCAUCAUCACAUGUCGGCCACAUCACCGACAACGGUAACUGCAACGGCCAUCCAGACGGCUGCUGCUGCUGCUGGUGGUGGUCAUCACCAUCAUCAUCAUCACCACCAUCAUCCACCUCCUCCUCAUCCUCAUCAUCAUCACCCAAAUGCUUAUACGCCUCCGGCACCACCACCACCACCGCCGCCAACUGGCCUGAGCUAUCCAUCGUACUUGACGUCCACUAUAGGCAGCCAGAAUCAAGCGUUUCUAUUGGACGGCACAGGUAUUGGACAUCCGCAUCAUCAUCACCCCCAUCAUCCCCAUCAUCCACAUAGAUAUAAUACAGACCUGACAACAACACCAAUACCAACGCUGGGCACCGGUAGUCGUAACAGUCAUCAUAAUCAUCAUCACGAGUCGACAGUUCUAUGA